UUGGAUCGAAAUUUUCCUCCAGCAGGAAGCUAAUUUCGUGAUUCGUUUGCGUUCUCCCGUUUGUCGGUCGUAUCAGUGUGUUAAAAAAGUUCACCCGGAGAAAGUGCAGUGAAAACAGCCCGCGGCCAUGAACGCAUUCGGCGACAACUUUGAGAAAGACGUCGAUCCAGCGGCCGAGUUCCUGGCCCGCGAACAGAACGCACUCGCGGGACUAGAGGAUGAAGUUCCGCCCGUGGUUGCUACUGGUGCAGCGACGACGAAUGGUUCCCUCGACGGGGAUCCGGUGCCGAAAGCAGAAUCGACAGGACUUGAAAAUGAGCUAAACGGAAGCUUUGAAAUGAUCAAUAAUGCCGAUGCGCAAGAACCACCCUCCACUACUACUGCCGACUAUAAUCUCAACACAGAAGAUGAUAAUGAUGAUUUUGCAGGCUUUACAGUCCCCAAGCAAGUGACGGAAGAACCGGAAAAGAUUCGAAAAUGGCGCGAAGACCAGAAGACACGGUUGGAGGAGAAAGAUCGCGAGGAGGAGCGCAAAAAGGACGAGCUUCGCGAACAGGCUCGCAAGGAGCUGGAGGACUGGUACAAGCACCAUGAAGAGGCCAUCUCGAAAACGAAAGCCGCCAACAGGGAAUCGGCCAAGAACGCCGAAAAGCAGUUUGUUGCGGAAACGGACGAAAUUGAACCGGGCACAGAGUGGGAACGGAUUGCCAAGCUUUGCGACUUCAAUCCGAAGACGAACAAGUCCAGCAAAGACAUCUCUCGCAUGCGUUCCAUCAUUCUGCAGUUGAAGCAGAAUCCAAUCCAGUCCACCAAGAAAGUUUAAGCGAAACGAAAGGCGUUCACUUGCACGCGGCGGCCAGGUCCGCAGCGACAGAUAGAUUGGCCGUUAUACACACGUGUGUAUCGGCCAAUGCUCAACCCAGCAUCUAUCCCACUCUCAAUCGUAUCCAUGCGAUUUAGAAGCGGCAAAUGAAAGCGAUUUCUGUGAAUAGUCGGACCAUAAGAAUGCUCUGCUUCUGUUCUGGUUAUAAUUGACGCUGCAGUGAACUAGCCACUAACAAAUACAAAACAAAAAAUCUAUUGAAUCAUAGUAGUAAUAUAAAUAAUAAUUAUAUUAACGAAAAUACUAUUUCAAAACGAUAGUAACGAAGGGAGAAAAACCUAAACGGAAAGGAUAUAUAUAUAUUGCAAUGGAUAAGUACUGUUUAAAGUUGUAGAAUCAAAAGAGAGUAACCCCUUUUACCGAGGGACUAAAGGAAUAAUGAAAACAUUCACGCAUUCAAGCAAUUUGUACGAAAGUGCUCCAUUGCUGUUAGGUUAAAAGAACGCGAAGGUUCAAUAAACCGAUGUUUCAA